UCUCUCUCUCUCUCUCUCUCUCUCUCCCCUUCUCUCUCUCACCACAGCCACUAUGCUAAUGCUUCGUUCUCGCUUCAAUCUCCAAACCCUAGCACCACUCCUCACCUCUCCCCGACCCUCCCCCUCCUCCUCUCUCCCCUUCCUCCUCCACCGCCGCCGCCGCCGCAACCUCUCCUUCUCCGCCCUCCGCCCCGACCCUUCCGCCCCCUACGCAGCAGCAGCAGCAGCAGCAGCAGCAACAGCAGCAGCGCCACCCAAAUCGAAGGGGCCGCCGCCGCCGGCGGGGGUGGUGAGGACGGCGCUCUUCGUGCCCCCGGGGGUGCCGCGCGACGCGGGCGCGGCGGAGAUGGUGGUGCUCCCGGGGUCGAACAUCGUGGUGGGGCCGUACGCGGGCGACGCGCGGAUCCGCGAGGUGGAGUUCGCGAAGAGCAGUCCCCGCGCCCGCGACUGCCCGAGGGACGAUCGCCCCGAGUUCGCCGUCAUCGGCCGCUCCAACGUCGGCAAAUCCUCUCUCAUCAACGCCCUCGUCCGCAAGAAGGACGUCGCCCUCACCUCCAAGAAGCCCGGGAAAACACAACUUAUAAAUCAUUUUUUGAUCAACAAAAGUUGGUACAUUGUGGAUCUGCCGGGUUACGGGUUUGCAAAUGCUCCUGAAUCGGCUCGAAUGGACUGGUCUUCAUUUACAAAGGGUUACUUUCUAAACCGCAACACUCUAGUUGGUGUUCUCCUUCUCGUUGACGCCAGUGUUCCACCCCAGCAAAUCGACCUCGAUUGUGCUAAUUGGCUUGGUCGUAACAACAUUGGGUUGACUUUUGUUUUCACGAAGUGUGACAAAGUCAAGAGUGCCAAAGGCAGACGACCGGACGAGAACAUCAAACAUUUCCAGGAUUUGAUAAGUAAAUAUUAUAAGGAUCCUCCCCCGUGGAUUAUGACCAGUAGUGUCACGGGAUUAGGGCGAGAUGAGUUACUUCUCCAUAUGUCGCAGUUAAGGAACUACUGGGAUAACGAAGCAGCUUAAAAAGCUACAUAUAUCGCCAAAGUUUUGUUAGGUUGUUUGAGCCUCGUGGAGAUCUAAAAUCUCUCCUUCUACCGAGAAAAAUCCAUCGAUGAACAUGACCGAGAAAAAUCCAUCGAUGAAACGGGCCUUAUCUAAUCCAACUAAUACGCGAUGUGAAUCGCACGUCAUCGAUAUGUCGCUUCCGAGUGCAAUUGAGAUCCUCUUUGGUUUCAAUUUGUAGAGGUGAGCAUGGGUUUGAUGGUGUCUGUUUACUAGGCCUAGCAAUAUCCAUGUUCAAGGAAGAAAUGUGUAUGCUGAUGGUUUAGCCAUUGUUCAAUCUGUUUUCAAUUCAGGGAAGAAUCCUUCUAUGUUUGUAUCUGAUAAAUUAUAUUAUGUACGAAAUAACCGUUGUUCUCUAAAUGCUAAAGUCGGUAGUUGUGAGCAAAUGAUGUCCUUUAAUAGGAUAUGUAAACUUCUUCAGGUGCUCCAGCGUUGUUCAGUAUAGUUUUCGCUUUACAAUUCUGUUGUUUAAAA